AUGGAAGCAACGAGCAGCGGCGCCUCUUCAGGCGACACCGAGUCAACACCAGCAGACCCUACUCCUAUUGACGCGUCCCCGGUACGGGACCCCCGUGGCACCAUCAGCAAGCAGCCCUCCUCCGAGAGAGAAACCACUACCCUUAUCGAUAAUGACGACUCGGCCUCUGAUGUUUCCAUGUCUGCCGACUCAGACGACGAGGACGAUGGAGACGAUGAGGGGACCAAUGCAUCUGCCAGUCAUACCAUCCCCUCUGCCACUAAUUUGGCGCGAUCGACUUCGGCCACUGUUACCCCCCCAACGGACGCGUCGAGAAAGCGGAAACAUUCGGGUUCCGCACAGGAUACUCCAAAUGGCCAGCUGGAGCAUGAAUUCCUCCACGAGGUUCGGAAACGCGUGAAGCCAGAUUUGGAACUUGAGCCCUAUAGGACUCCAGAAGGACGUCUGUGCCAGGACAAGUCUCUUUUGCCAGCCGAGCUAUGGCAUCAUAUUUUCACUUUCUGCCAUCCAAGAGUUUUGGGUCGCUUGUUGCAAGUCAACAAAACUUUCCAUGCCUAUAUUGACCCUUCAGGAACCAGUUCCAUUGUUCCCCUUUCAAAAUCUGCUUUGCAGAUAUUACAGCCGGAUGCUAUAUGGCGGGCGUCUAGACUUCGGUUCCGACAUGGUAUGCCUGGGCCCGUUAUAGGAAAGUCUGAACUAGAUAUGUGGAGAAUGGCUUGUGAUACUUUCUGCCAAUUCUGCCACAAGCGGCAAGCAAUCUCCCCGGCGCCCAUGGAUCCAUGGCAUCCUGGCCCUGGCCAGAAUGGAGUUGUGUGCGUCUGGCCAUUUGGUAUCCGUACUUGUGGCUCUUGCCUGGAAGCGAAAUCAACCAAGGAGAUUGAUCUACUGCUAUCAUCCUCCAUUCCAUCUCUGCUGAUGCCCGCGCUUCCAUUCGUCUUCCUUACCAAUGAGCUCCAUGUUAUUCCUCCAGCCGUUCUUCAGAAUGGACAGCAGCCGUCUACAGUUCAGAUCACCAAGCGCUUUCUCAAUUCACAUAUUGAUGAGAUCAAAAAGGAUUUUGAUGAGGCCAAAGCCUUGGGAGCCGCGCCUGCGGAAGAAUGGCUCAAAGGGCUAGAGAAUCGCGGAAGGGAGAGAAGAACUGAUGCCGCCCGCUGGGAACGAUACGAAUCUCUUGGCGGCGUUGCAACUAUGUCUAACGUUGGAAACCCAGAGACCCCAUAUACUGAGAAUGGCAGGUUGCCGUCUCCUGCGGUUCAUGCUGUGAAGAAGGAGCUGGCAGUGAAAGCGGAGCAUGUAGCAACGGCAGACACAAUCCCGAUGUUUCCAUCUCAAGGUGUCAAUUCUGGUCAACAAACAAGGCAGUACCCAUUUCAAGGACCGCCACCUUCUCAGCCCAUAAACACCAGUUUUCAGGCUCUAGCAACAAAUACACCAGCACGCUUUGACUCGCCGUCACAAAACAGAUUUGGCUCAUAUCCCCCUCCCCGGGCCCAUCAACAGCCCAGACAUGAGAGAACGAAAGAGGAGGUUGCCCAAUUGAAAGCGGCACGCCGCUUGGAGAUAGAGCGACGCUGCAUGCUCCUUGAUCCACCGCUAACCCCUGGUGUUCUAGCACAUAUUCCCUCAUUUCAGGCUGCGAUACAGAUAAUCCAACCACUGAAUGAUGGUGCAUGGGAAGUAUUGAAGCCGCGACUGCUUUCUCAGCGUGGAGAGGCUGAGCAACGAGAGAAUGAGCGGCUCGCUCAGACCCGAGCGGCUCAAGACCGGUUCGAUGAGCGCCGCCAGCAGGACUCCCAAGUCAGAGUAGUAGAAACCCUAGAUUCUGUUGACAAGGAAUGGGAUGAUAUCCAGGCUCCAUUACGGGCCAGAAUUGGUGGGUAUGCUGACGAGAUCAUCCGGGACGGCUGGAGUGGCGGCGACAAGGUGAAUUACGAAAAUUGUCCCAAGUUCGCCGCGGAUGUUUUGAUCUACGUACGAAAGAGAUUCUAUGCGGAGGUAGCCAAAGAUGAAGCAGCCAUACGCGCGACUGGUCAAGAGCCUGCAAUGGACCCUCCUAACGGACCCUGCCUUCGGAAGUUAAUCCUGGAGAACAUGAAAUGGGUCUUCGACACUAAGAUUAAGCCGCACACUGAGCAACACCGUAAGGAACUCUUUCUUUGUAAUGCUUGCGAGACCAAUCCAAAGUACUACGGCUUUGAGGGAGUUAUCCAGCAUUACGCGGCCAAGCAUACCAAUGCGCUUAGUGUGGGGAGUGUCGUCGUACAUUGGAAAUCUGAAUGGCCAGAGUAUCCCCCUUUCAACCCAGAUCCCGCUUCUGUGGCACAUCCUCCUUACUAUUCCGUUGCGCCAGGCGCCAGUGCGCCUUAUCCAAGCAACCCUCCACCAUUGCAGCAAAAUUUUGGAUAUGGUGGGUAUCACCCUGCCCCAGUUUCGGCCCCUAUGGCAGCUCCCAUACCGGCUCCUAUGCAAGGUCCUCCACAAGGCCCGAUCCAAGCCCAUAUGCAGGUUCCCAACCCCCAGAGCUAUCAGCAAAGCCCCGGUCCUUACUAUGGCCAUCCCCAAUUUGGCGAGCCAUACUCGGGACAUCAGAAUGGACCGUACGCACCCCCACAAGCGUACCAGGACACUUCCCACAGUUACCAGGCUCCGCAGUAUUCUGUUGCCCCACCACCGCCUAAUGUUGGAUUCCAUGAAGGACCCCAAGACUAUACCCACCAAGGCUUUGGCGGCCAGUACCCACCACCGAACCAAGGGAUGUAUACAUCUCCAAGCCAAGGGCAGUUGUACCCAAUAUCCGCCGCAGAAAACCCAGGACAGCAACAGGGGUAUAAUCCGCCGCAGAACCAUUAUGACCCUGCUUACAAUCAGCCGGCUUCCUAUCCUUCUAAUGGUGCUGUGCCUGGACCUCAAGUGACCGAGGAAUACAAGGCCCAGCUCAAUGAUGUGGCAAAGAAUGCCCGUGAGGUUUGGAAUACUAUCAACCCUAUCAAGGAGAUUCCCGGAAGUGUCAAGGUUUAUACCGUCAUUUAUCAUAUUUUGCAGAGGUUUCGGGAUACUUACCAAGAUGACCCUCCAUUAUCAAUGAUCAUUGAUGGCUUAUCGAACAAUAAAGAAAUGCGCCCAGUGCGAAAUAUUAAUGGACUCCUGUGCAAAGCAUGCACCCAAGGGAUGGCGGGUUCCAGGUCGGUGCCCCAGAAGAAGCACUUCUCUUUCCCACAGCUCGUGAGCCACUUUCACACAGUCCAUGAGGAAGGGAUCCCCAAAAAUAGUGUUGGCCGUCCACCUGAUUGGAAAACGGAUAUGGUUGAGCUUCCUGACCUAUCAAAAUUGACAUCGCUGGUUACUGGUUCCCGAAAAGAUGACCGGAGACUUAAGCUCAUCACGGAAGCAAUUCCAGAGAUCAUCUCACCUCCAAAGCCCGUUUUUGAGGAGCUACGGGAUAUCCCAAGGAAUGAAUAUGGAGCUAUGGACAAUGGAUCGUACGCCGAGCUUGCUCCCUCGCAAGACAACCAUGACAAAUACUACACCGCUGGCAACCGUGACAAGCCUUUGGAAGCUGGCGGGUCUCCUUAUGCCAACGAGGAGUACGAUCCUCGGAAUCCUCGCGAUAUCCCAAUUGAACCAAGACCUUUAUUCAAACCUGCACAUCAGAAUGGCUAUCCUCGAGAAGCAAAUCCGGAUGACGCUCCACCACGGUAUAGGUUUGCGCGGCGUGAAGAGAGCCGAGCCGACCUCCCUCAUCAAGUACACUCGGACCGACCAUAUCUCAAUCAAAGACCGGUAUCUCCGCCAUCACAAGCUAGGAUAUCUGGCGAUUAUGAUCGCGUUGUCAUACCGGAUGAUAGGUACAUGGAUAGGCGUGCCCGUUACCGGGAACCGGUCGACGUUCAAUAUCGGAUACGGCAUGAUCCGUCUACCUUGCCUUCUGACAAUCAGGAACCUCUACGCUCUGGUCGAGAUUAUCGAAUGCAGAAUCUGGAAUCAUAUGAAGCAAAUAGACGAGAUAUUCCGGUGCGCGACAACCGAGUUAGAGACGGACAUGUGCAGCCUUUGGAGGAUGCAUCGGCUCAACAAAACCGCAUAUUUGCAGUGGUCGAGCAAAUUUCACGGCAAGCUCAGCGAGCCCGGGAUGUGAAACCACAGGAAGAGCCUGCGGAGGCUGGUUCGGAAGAUGGAGAAUUGCGAGCGGGCCCAGUGGCACAGUCUGAAAAGCGCCAGUCUGGGCCGGCUGAUGAAGCAAGCGAUGCCGCUGAGCGGUUCUUGAAUAAUUUCCUUGCAGGGGAUACCCCUAGAGACACUGCCAUUAAGACAGAACGCCGCGAGGUAGACGACGUUGGAGCCAAACGGGAGCCCGAUCGUGGAGAUAGCGAGCGUGUGUAUCAACCCAAGGAUGAAACCCGUCAUCUGCGCGACGACUACGAGGAUAGCAUUAUACCUUCUCGUAGAGUGCGUCCCGCAGAACCUGUUGUCGGAGACGCUCCAGGGAAUGGGUACAUUGUCCAUGAACGCCCAUCGCAAGGUCAGCCUCGAGCUUAUGCCUACGAAGACCGCUAUGUAGGAUCGGCUCCAGAGCAUACGGUCCAACGAGAAAGGUCUCCUGAAUUAGUGGAUCGUCGUUACAAACUGAAUAACGUUGUGUAUCGGGACGAACGACAAACUAGCACCCAUCGAACACCUAGUAGAUAUGCUAGGUACGAGAGUGUCCGGCUGGAGAACGACCGCGUACGUUCAAGAUCACCAGUAUACGUUAAAAUGGGCUCGCAGCCAGGGCCAUAUCGCGAACGGAGCCCGGCUGCUCAUCCAUUACAUCCGGAGCCUGUCUAUCGCACACGCACGCCUCAGCCAGUGGCAGACGAGAUUGCUUACGAGAGGCCUCCCCGCCAAGAAUACUACCGUGUUUACGCCGAUGAGCCUCGGGCACGGGAGCCUCCAUACGCAGAAGCAUACGAGACUCGGGCGCGGGAGCCUCCCUACGCGGAAGCAUAUGAGCUUGUUCGAGUUGCGGAUUCUCAGGGCGAAUACGUUAUUCGUAGACCUGUUCGUCGAGAGCCCGAGCCAAUAUAUGCAACUUAUGAAGAUGAUGGCUACAGUCGGCAACCAGUAUAUGAGAGCCGUGCACCGGCUCCACGGGCAGAGUCCGUUCUAUAUGAGGAGUAUGACCCUCGACAUCCAGCGCCACCACCUAUAGCUCCAGUCCGCCAGGCCAGCAGGUACCAGUAG